AUGUCUAAUCACAAGCAUUCUGCAUCUUCGCAGAAAAACAACAAUCCUUUUUCAGAUGAUGAAAAUGACUUGAUAGAUCUUGACGUGACGAAUCCGUACGCAGAUUACAAUCCACAACAUGAGUAUCCACAGGUGCUGAGCUCUAGUCAAGGGAGAUCAACAUUUAAUCCGUUCAACGACCAAUUUGUAAUAUCUGACGAUGAGGAGGAGGAGGAAGUGACAGUGCCUAAUGGCAAACCAGCAAGGUCUACCGUUAGACGAAACUCAUAUCUAAGCUCACAUAACGAUUUGCUGUCGACUACUGAUUUCAUAGGGACAAACACUACAGAGUAUGUGAACUUGAACAGGGAACAACCUCGAGAUUUCGACAUAAGGCAUAUCUUUCAAAAGGUCAAGAGUAAAAUUACCGGUCGAAAUCCGGGCAUCAGUGACACGAAGUCAAAAGAACCUAGAGAAAUAUUUAUUAUGAACCAUGCUGCAAAUUCCGGGUACAGCUACUACGGAAACCACAUUUCAACCACAAAAUACAAUUUUGCCACGUUUUUGCCGAAAUUCCUAUUUGAACAGUUUAGCAAAUAUGCAAACUUGUUCUUUUUGUUCACAUCGAUAAUUCAACAAGUGCCGCAUGUUUCACCCACCAAUCGAUAUACAACGAUUGGUACUUUAAUUGUAGUAUUGUUUGUGUCGGCAAUCAAGGAGAUUCUGGAAGACUUGAAACGAGCUAAUGCCGACAAAGAGCUAAAUAAUACUCGAGUCUUGGUUCUCAAUCCAGUUACAGGUGACUUUGUGUUGAAAAAGUGGGUCAAGGUUCAAGUGGGAGAUAUAGUUAAGGUAAACAACGAAGAGCCAUUUCCAGCUGAUUUAAUUUUAAUUAGCUCUUCCGAGCCAGAGGGGCUUUGCUACAUAGAAACAGCCAACCUUGAUGGAGAAACCAACUUGAAGAUUAAACAGUCAAGAACGGAAACGGCACAUUUGAAGAGCGCUAACGAUCUUGUACGAGGAUUUUCAAAUGCCAAAGUAAUGUCUGAGCAACCAAAUUCUUCAUUGUACACAUAUGAAGGUGUUCUCAGGGGGUUUGAGAAUGGUAGGGAUAUACCAUUAUCUCCAGAACAGCUAUUACUAAGGGGAGCCACGUUGAGGAACACACAAUGGGCCAAUGGGAUUGUGAUUUUCACAGGUCAUGAAACAAAGCUAAUGAGAAAUGCCACUGCAACUCCCAUAAAACGUACUGACGUGGAGCGAAUAAUCAACCUUCAAAUCAUUGCGUUGUUUUGUGUAUUGAUUGUUCUUUCGUUGGUCUCGUCUAUAGGAAAUGUCAUCAAGACAAAAGCCAACAGUGGUGACUUGGGUUACUUGCACUUGGAAGGAACUUCAAUGGCCAAAUUAUUCUUUCAAGACUUGUUGACUUAUUGGAUUUUGUUUUCAAACUUGGUGCCUAUUUCCUUGUUUGUCACAGUCGAGUUGAUCAAAUACUAUCAAGCGUUCAUGAUUGGGAGUGAUUUGGACAUGUACUAUGAGGAAACUGAUACACCUACUGGAGUCAGGACAUCUUCUCUUGUUGAAGAGUUAGGUCAAAUCAAUUACAUUUUCAGCGACAAGACUGGUACAUUAACCCGGAACGUGAUGGAGUUCAAAGCAUGCUCAAUUGGAGGGAAAUGUUACAUUGAAGAGAUUCCCGAGGAUGGGCAUGCACAGAUUAUCGAUGGCAUUGAAGUCGGAUAUCACACAUUUGACGAGUUACGCUCUGACUUUACGAAUAGCUCGUUCCAACAGUCAGCAAUUAUCAACGAAUUUCUCACCUUGCUAAGCACAUGUCACACUGUAAUCCCCGAGGUCGAUGGCCCCAAUAUCAAAUACCAAGCAGCUUCUCCAGAUGAAGGUGCCUUAGUGCAAGGUGCUGCCGAUUUGGGAUUCAAAUUCAUUGUGCGUCGGCCAAAGACUGUUACUGUUGAAAAUACACUUACCCAAAUGAAGUCGGAAUAUGAGUUGCUAAACAUCUGCGAAUUUAAUUCUACAAGGAAAAGAAUGUCAGCAAUAUUUCGCUGUCCAGAUGGGGUUAUCAGAUUAUUUUGUAAAGGUGCGGAUACUGUUAUAAUGGAGCGUCUUUCACAGAGUGAACCUCAACCAUUUAUUGACGCUACAUUGAGACAUUUGGAGGACUUUGCAGCCGAAGGGUUGCGGACGCUUUGUAUCGCGUCACGCAUAGUUUCAGAACAAGAGUACCAACAGUGGAGUAAAAAAUACUACGAUGCAUCUACUUCAUUGCAAGACCGUGGCGACAAGAUGGAUGCUGUUGCUGAGCUUAUCGAGACUGACUUGUUCCUUUUGGGCGCUACCGCUAUUGAGGAUAAAUUACAAGACGGGGUACCAGAAACUAUACAGACAUUGCAGGAUGCAGGAAUUAAGAUUUGGAUUCUUACUGGUGAUCGACAAGAAACUGCUAUAAACAUUGGUAUGUCUUGUAAAUUGUUAAGUGAAGACAUGAAUUUAUUGAUUGUCAAUGAGGAAAAUAAGACGGAUACAAGACUAAACUUGAAGGAAAAAUUAACCGCGAUUCAAGAGCAUCAAUUUGAUGGUGAAGAUGGUUCUUUGGAGUCUUCGUUAGCAUUGAUUAUUGACGGUCAUUCACUAGGGUUUGCUUUGGAGCCUGAUUUGGAAGACUUGUUCAUCGAAUUGGGAUCACGUUGCAGAGCCGUUGUUUGCUGCCGUGUCUCCCCGUUGCAAAAAGCUCUUGUUGUGAAAAUGGUGAAAAGGAAGAAAAAGCAGUCUUUGCUUCUUGCUAUUGGUGAUGGUGCCAACGAUGUUUCUAUGAUUCAAGCUGCUCAUGUUGGAGUUGGAAUAAGUGGAAUGGAAGGUAUGCAAGCUGCAAGAAGUGCCGAUGUUUCCAUUGGUCAAUUCAAGUAUUUAAAGAAGUUGCUAUUGGUCCAUGGGUCUUGGUCAUACCAGCGGAUCUCGAAUGCCAUCCUAUACUCAUUCUAUAAAAACAUCGCCUUGUACAUGACACAAUUUUGGUUUGUUUUUGUCAAUGCAUUUUCAGGUCAAUCGAUUGCUGAGUCAUGGACUCUUACAUUUUACAACGUGCUUUUCACUGUGCUUCCCCCAAUCGUGAUGGGAGUCUUUGAUCAAUUUGUGAGUGCAAGGCAGUUGGUUAAGUACCCACAAUUAUAUCAAUUAGGACAACAACGCAAAUUCUUUAACGUCGCCGUUUUUUGGAGUUGGAUUGUCAAUGGUUUCUACCACUCGGCAGUGAUAUUUCUUUGCUCGUUUUUCAUUUACAGGUAUGGUAAUGUUAUUUCCAGUGGCUUGACCACUGAUAACUGGGCUUGGGGUGUGGCUGUGUAUACUACAUGUACCUUGACUACUUUAGGGAAAGCUGCCUUGGUGGUCACAUUGUGGACUAAAUUUACAUUAAUUGCUAUUCCAGGCUCAUUCCUCUUGUGGCUAGCUUGGUUUCCCGCGUAUGCAACGAUCGCUCCAUUGAUUAAUGUUUCUGAUGAGUAUAGGGGAGUGUUGGCGGUAACGUAUCCCUUGCUUACUUUUUGGGGAAUGAUUUUUGGUGUGCCAGUCUUGUGCUUGCUAAGAGAUUUUGCAUGGAAGUUCUACAAAAGACAAACCAGUCCCGAGACUUAUCAUUAUGUGCAAGAGAUUCAAAAGUACAACAUACAAGAUCAUAGACCACGUAUGGAACAAUUCCAAAAAGCGAUUAGAAAGGUCCGUCAAGUGCAAAGAAUAAAGAAGCAAAGAGGGUUUGCCUUUUCACUGGCAGAAGGUAAUGAUCAGGAGAAGUUGAUGCGGUUGUACGAUACCUCCAAGAAGUAG